CCCCGCUUGAUAAAUCCCUCCGCCCCAAAGCCAACGUAACCUCUCCACUCCAAACGGAGCGCAAAGCCAAAGAAAAAGCAACCAAACGGGCACGUUCGUGGCGUUCUUGCACUCCCGCAUGGCCGCGCCGCUGGAAGCGAGCCGCCGGCUGCGCGCGGAGCUGUGCGCUGCCGCGGACGCGGCCUCGUGGUGGUGCGCGGUGGCUCUGGUCGCGCUCGUGCUGCUGGGCGCGCUCCGCGCGGAGACCGCGGACGACGACGACGUGCAGGUGCAGUUCCGUGGACCGCGGUUCGGCGGCCCCGCAGUGCGGCCGUGCGAGGAGGUGUACGUGGUCGGGGAAGGCGAGACGCUGCACACCAUCAGCGACAAGUGCGGGGACCCGUUCAUCGUGGAGCGGAACCCGCACAUACACGACCCCGACGACGUCUUCCCGGGGCUCGUCAUCGCGCUCAGGCCUACCAAGAACACCUAGCUUUUGGCGCCAUGGUGGUGCGUUGUGCGCACGGUUAUUUGCAUGCACGCCGAGGCCGAGAUGAACAAUAGAACAAGAACUCAAAGAGUUCUGUAUUUCCUUCUCCUUUGCUCCUUGUGAUGUUGGCGACAUCUUUUUCCUAGCGGAUAGGAAAUGAUAAGUAAAUAUUAGAAAAUUUCAUCCUUUCUUUUUUUUCUUCUUUAUAUAGUAGGGAUAGUCACACAUAAUAACAUAUCACGGUCAUAUUAUUAAAAGCAGCUUGUGGUAAGAAGGGUUUCGUUCUAGUCCCCGGAAAUAAUAUUCCAAAGCUUUGUACA